GACAUGAAAAUAUGUUGGGAGAGUAUUCAACUGGUGCACAGAGUGAACACAACAACUAUACCUACAAGAAACAAGUUUUCUCUUCGCCCCAAAAAUUAAAUACUUGCCCCUCACCAUGCAAAACAUUGGUUCCAGUUCUUUUGCUCUUGGACUCUUUUCCUUGGCUCCUUCCCUCCCCCACUAGAUACUCUCUCUCCCUCUCAUAUCUCUCCCAUCUCUCUCUCUCUCAUCUCUCUCCCAUCUCUCUCCCUCUGGUAUCUCUCCUAUAUUUCUCUCUCCCUCUCUCUUAAAUCUCUCCUAUAUUUCUCUCUCUCUCUUAAAUCUCUCCCAUCUCUCUCUCUCUUAAAUCUCUCCCAUCUCUCUCCCUCUCAAAUCUCUCUCUUUCUCUCUCUCUCAAAUCUCUCCCAGCUCUCUCUCCCACACUAUAAUUUACUCUCUCCUCCAAGUCAAAACCUCUCUCCCUACAAAACCCUGUCUCUAUAAAUAACGUGCUAGCUCUACACUCUCCACAUUACACACACAUACACACAUUGAUACAGUUUUUCCAUACAGAGACAUGUUGAGUAUGAUAAUGAGGGAGUUAGACAAAGAGAAGAGAGCCAAGUUCUGCAUCAACGACCACAUUGACGUCCUCAUCGAGAUACUCAAACGCCUCGACGGCCGCUCACUCGGCGUCGCCGCCUCCGUCUGCCGUCUCUGGUGCUCCGUCACUCGAAACGACUCGCUAUGGGAACACCUCUGCUUCCGCCACGUGUACCCUCCGCCUCUUACAAUACGGCCCAUUGUGCUGGCUCUCGGUGGCUACAGGAAGCUCUACAUGGUGUGUUUAAGGCCAGUGCUGAGUCGACUCGGGAGGAGACGCGUUUGGACUCGCCAUGAAGUCGAACUAGCUUUGUCGUUGUUUUGCGUGGAUUAUUACGAGAGGCUGAUGGUCGGUGGCAGUGCAGGAAAAGGUGGUGGCGAGGCCGCGGCGUCCUCGUCAUUAAUGUUCUUAUGCAAGGCCGUAAACGUUUAACAGUCCUCGAUCCUGUUCUGAUUCUCGUUAAUCGGGUUAGAAAUUUCAUUCUCGUUAAUCGGGUUGAAAUUUUUAUAUAUACUGAUAGAUUUCCUGUAUUGUCAUUGAGCUAGUAUAGAAUAGUAGUGAAAUAAUUUUUUCAUUCUUUCUUUCGAAAUAAUUUGUGAUUUGCUAUUCUCUGUGA